UUUGUAUUUUAGUUUUUUUUUAUUAACGGGAACCGCGAAAGAAGUUUAGCGUCGCUCGCUACUGGUACCCAUAGCUUGUCAAACAGAAAUCCAAAUCCCCAAUUCAGUAACUCAAGACCCUAAUUUUGAAGCAAAACCAACCCAAGACAUCUCAAAAUGUCUACUCUUGCAGCCGCUCGAGCUGAUAAUUUCUACUACCCUCCAGAAUGGGACCCAAGUCAGGGCGGUCUCAACAAGUUUCAUGGUCAACAUGCUUUAAGAGAGAGGGCAAAAAAAAUAGAUCAAGGCAUCCUAAUUAUAAGGUUUGAAAUGCCUUUUAAUAUAUGGUGUGAAGGAUGUGAAUCUAUGAUAGCAAAGGGUGUAAGGUUCAAUGCAGAGAAAAAACAAGUUGGAAACUACUACUCCACGAAGAUAUGGAGCUUCACUAUGAAGGCAGCUUGCUGCAAACAUGAGAUUGAGAUUCAAACAGAUCCAAAAAAUUGUGAGUAUUUGAUAAUGAAGGGUGCUCGGCGAAAAAUUGAAGAGUAUGACGCAGAGGAUGCAGAAAUUUUGGAACUCCCUACAGAUGAAGAAAGAGGCAAACUUGUGGAUCCAUUUUACCGUCUUGAGCAUCAAGAGGAAGACUUGAAGAAAAAAAAAGAAGAAGAGCCAGUACUUGUACGUCUUCAGCGUGCAUCUGAUGCAAGACAUUCUGAUGACUAUGCCAUCAAUAAAGCACUCCGGGCGCGAUUGAGGAGCCAGAAGAAGAGAGUCAGUGAAGAAGAAGGUGCGUCUAGGAAAAGGGGUCUUAAUAUACGAUUGCUACCAGGAUCCAAUGAAGAUGCCGCUACUGCUUCCCGUAUAAAGUUCCCGACUAAGUUUGAUGAAAAUAGGAAGCUUAAACGAGCAUUGAUUUCUACAUCCUCGAUCUUCUCUGGAUCAUCUGGAUCUUCCUUAAGUGAUAGGCGCUUGGAGCUUGAGUCUAAAAGAAGGAAGAUCAAAGCAGCCAAAGUUUCAAAUCUGCUGGCAGGAGGAUUUAAGCCCUCUUCUUGGGCACAGAGUGGUGUUUCUUCAGGCAGACACAGGUCCUGAGAGACCAGGUGAAACACGAAUAGAAAAUUUUGGACGCCCAGUCUCCUUCAGCACCUACUCCCUAAUUGUAGCAAACAAGUUGGUUUCCCUUUGUAUGUUGGUGGUACAAGUCUAAAAUCAAAUCGAGAAUUUGAAUGACUGGUUUUAUGUUUUCCUUGAAAUUCUACUUGUAAAUUUUUACGCCGUAGGUCUUUGUAAGUUUGUGUAAGUAUUUGUAUUAUUUCAUGGGUUUAUGAUAUGACAAGUUGGUAUGUUGAUGCACUGUA